GGCCGAGGCAGCAGCGGACCGUCGCCCCUCGCUCGUCUCCUGCUCGACUCCCAGCAGCCUCUUCCCCCGAUGGCAACGACGGCGGCCGAGCCGCGGGAACCGGCGGACGUCGCCGCGCUGUCCACGCUCCCCGACUGCCGCGGCCACCGCAGCAACGGCAACGGCAACAACAACAACAAUAACAACAACAACAAAGACAGCGAGGCGGCAGAGAGCCCCGCGGGCGAGACCGAACCCGGGACCGCGUCGCAGAGCAUCGGCAACGGCUCGGUCAUCAACCCCAGCGGGGGGAGCAACGGGAAGUGGGUCCGGCUGAACGUCGGCGGCACCGUGUUCCUCACGACGCGGCAGACCCUCCUCAAGGAGCAGACCUCGUUCCUGUACCGGCUGUGCCAGCAGCAGGACCUGCACUCAGACACGGAUGAGUCGGGCGCCUAUGUGAUUGACAGAGACCCCACCUACUUCGGUCCCAUCCUCAACUACUUGCGGCACGGCAAACUGGUCUACAACAAGGAGCUGGCUGAAGAAGGUGUCCUGGAGGAGGCCGAGUUUUACAACAUCACGCCCCUGAUCAAAUUGAUCAAGGAGAGGAUCCUGGAGAGAGACUCCAAGGCCACGCAGCAGGUGCCCCCCAAGCACGUCUAUCGGGUGUUGCAGUGUCAGGAGGAGGAGCUGACCCAGAUGGUCUCCACGAUGUCGGACGGCUGGAAGUUUGAGCAGGUCAGCGUGCGCACCUGCAGAAAGCCCCGCACCGGACUGCUCUGGACUAUGGUGAACAUCGGCUCGUCGUACAGCUACGGAACAGAAGACCAAGCCGAGUUCCUGUGUGUCGUGUCCAAGGAGCUUCACACGCCUGGGUCCGGACUCGGGACAGAGCAGAGCCACAAAACGAAGCCGGCGGAGCUGCAGGAGGAGGAAGCAGCGAAGGAUGAGGAGGAGGAGGAGGAGGAGGGAGGGAGAGAAACCACACCAAAUGAGUGGCUUAGAGAAUGAGGGAGUCAUGUUGCUUUGUUCCAAAGAGAGGUGGGAUUGGCUUUUCCAGAUCCACGGGUCACGGAUGUAAAAUAUCUCGAGAACUUUACUUAUUUUCCUCGGAGGCUCAUUACGACUUCCUGUACAUUAUGUUGUGUGUUGUGUCAACGGGCCGUCAUCAAAAACUGAGUUGUAGCGUAUUCAUCAGCUCGCUGACAGAAUUACAGAUAACCAAAAAGGAUUCGUCAAAAAUAUUUUUCAGUGAGAUUUUAUUGUUAAAAAAAUAAAUCAUGUGUGCAGAUCUUAUAUUGCUAAGUAGUGGAGCUUAGUAAAUUAUAACCAAAGAUCCAGAUGAAAGCAGACUGAACCGUGGUGCUUAACUAAGAUCACCUUGAUCCUGAUUGGGUUUGCAGCGAGGAGGCGAUCCAGCCGACAUCGGAGGUUACAAAUAGAUCAGAACAUGGACUCCAGAGGACGUCCGCAGAAUUGGGUGCGGACACUCACCAGAGUUUACCUUUCACAAAUGAACAAUACAGCAGGAGAUUCUCUGCCCACAAAAAAAAAAAUCUCCAGAGCGUUAGCUGAGGGGUAACUUUUAAAUUCCGCUCCGGAUAACACGUUUUCGUUUACAUCACAUCGACACCAACGUCGGCCCUUAUCCCUGCUGUCUUCUCAUUUGAUUGCACGAGGCAUGAGAUCUUGACAGAGUGCGCUGCAUACAAAGCUUGUCUCUCUACCUCUUUGAGUCUUAAGCCCAUUUUCCUGCAGUAGACCCGGGUUUGAAUAAGCUCCGGCUCCGAUUGACAGGGAUUGAAACAUGAUACUAGGGUGAACGCGUUAGUUUGACAAGACAGCGAGGUGAGAGAGCGCCUCGGUUUCCCAAAGUAAAUGUUGGUUUGAAAGAAGUAUUACUGAGAGAUGGCCUCCGUAUGCAAGUCAGCACACGUUCAGUUUGCUUCUAGGUUUAGUUUUGUGCUGUGAGUGUGAGCAUUGGUUAACACUAAUUUGAUCCUGCUGUAAAUACUGUUAGCUUAGUUUAUGUGGGUUUGAUUGGCAGAGAGAGUCCAACAGGGCACGGAUUAGGAGCACACAUAAACCGCUCUACAUUUCACCCGGCACCAGCCUGACACAUACCUGCAUCACCACGUGCACGGUGCACGCUCAACAGCAGCGUCUGCCGCCCUGGCCGUGAUCCACAGCCAGCUUUCAGCCCCAGCUGACAGAGAGCUGUCGGUGUGCGUCAGGAAAGGCUCGAACAGAGAGAGGAGUAGAGGGUGCGUCAGGGGAGUCAAGUGUCCUCCGUCUGUGGUUGUUAGGAUAAAGAGCAGCACUUAAAUCCCACUUUCAGCUCAGUGCAGGUGUGUGGUUUAAAAUAGGUUGUCGGUUAACGCGUGAUCUCUACUUGCAAACUGUAGGAACUGCACUACAUUGAGUCCCCUGCACACAACUCCUGACAGCUCUAAUGACUUCAAUUACAACAAGUGCAAGAGAAUUCAUUUGAGGAUGUCGCUCUGCAAAUUCUCCUCCCAUGAGGAUUUGACAGCAAUCUGGAGGUGUAGCUGUUGGACGUCAGAAAGCCUGACUUUAAAAAUCUGUUUUAUCAGUAGAUAUUAAUGUGUAAAUACUAGGGUUGUCAAAAAAACAAAUAUACAUUUUGAUCUAAUUAUAGAAAAAUAAUACAUCAAAAAGAUUACUUAAAUCAGACUCACUCUAUGGUGCCUUUGUGAUGUCAUCUUCCUGUGUCUGGUCCGUCGGCGCUAUUGCCCUCGACUGGUGACAAACUAUCGAUUCCCCCCCCCCCCCCCCCCAGUGGAAAAGAUCAUUAAAUUCCUCCCAGUCACAAAUGUCUGACGAGGACAGUUCAGACGAGGACUCAACUGAUGGUCUCGUGUUGGAAAAAACAAAGCACAGAAAAAAGGCACACGCAGUUCACGUUGUUGAGAUUUUUGCAAAGAAAGACCAAAUUAAACACAAAGCACAACAACAGCACAUAACCUUACGUUUACAUUUUGUACAUGUAUUAUUCAAUGUACUGCUUAACUCAGCAAAUACUGAAAUGUGCGAUUAUUUUAGAUUAAUUAAGCACAAAGCAUGUCAAUUAAUCAGAUAGUUUUUCUUGACAGCCCUAGUAAAAACACUAUUUAACCAAACCAUUGUAGAACCAAUGCUGCCGUGGAAAUGGGGCAGUAUCACCACGCACAGGUAUCCGGUUAGCCAAGUAGAAGUUCCAAAAGUUAGCUAUACUUGCCAAAUCAGCUAAACUCGCCAACAGCUGUCUAGAUACGAUGGUCAACAGCUUUGCAAACAUCCUGUCAUGUAUGAUAAUGAAUGACUAGAAUAAGACAGCACCCUCAACCUCAUUUACUGAUUUACGGUUUCAUUUGUUGACAAGGGCAACACCAGAUUUGGGAUGGUGAGAUCGUUUCCUCUUUCCUUCCCAGUCCUCACCCUGAACCUCUGUUCUUGCUCUAUGGUGAGUGGAUACGUUCUCCUGUGAGAAGUGUGGAACCGACCUAUAGCCACAGCUUAAAUUGUCAGAAUCAGCCCCAGCGAGUUCAAGAGUAAUUCUAAAGAUCAGUCAUUGUAAACUGAUGGUUAUGUCCAAUAUUCAGUGCAGUCGUGAUAAUGCGGAAAAAAAUAUUUUAGACUCUUUAGUUUGGUCCAUGUCCCAUCCACUAAUAUCGAGGCAGCAUUUGUUACCUAUACUGCAGCCAGCCAUCAGCUGACCAUCGAGACAUUGGCUUCACUUUGCGAGCUGUCAUGUCGUCCAUCUAUACCCCGGCGGCUAUGGCUGAGGGGUAGAGUGGUCGUCCUCCAACCUGAAGGCCGGCGGUUCGAUCUCCAGCCUGACCCAUCUGCAUGCCGAAGUGUCCUUGGGCAAGAUGCUGAACCCCGAAUGGCCCCCCUAUAGAAUAACAAAGUGCUGCGAAUAGAUGCACUGUGUGAAUGUGUGAAUCUAAAACUGUACUGUAAAGUGCUUUGAGUGGUCAUCAAGACUAGAAAAGCUCUAUAUAAAUACAAAACCAUUUACCAUUUACCAUUACACUGAAACAUAUUCAUUACGUGGGGCUGCAGAGGGCGCUGUUGCUCAGUUAAAGUUACAUAGUGCUGCUUGAAUUUCCUUUUCGCGAACUUUAUUCUGAUGUGGUUUGCUCCUUGGCCACAAAGGUUGGUCACCAGCAGAGAGAUAUUUUCUACGACCACAUAGAGCGUUUACCGUCUGCAACUCGUGUCGACCCCCCCCCCCUUUGCUGUAUAGUUCCUGUGUAAUACUGACUGACCCACAACAUGCAGGAAACACACAAAUACGAUAAGCAGUUAGAGUGUGAGACAAUCGAAAAUUUAGAUUGUAGUUGGAAACUUUUUUUAGUAACAUUUUGAUUAUUGAAUCUGAAAAAAAACAUGCGCAAAUACAAUAAUAUGUGUGCGUGUGUGUUAUAAGGUAUAGUGUCUUGUCCGUUUAUAGCAUAGAAACAGAUGUAUGGACCUUUAGGAUCCUUGCAAUACCUUAUUAGUUGGACUAGGUGAAUACAGUAAAUGUAAGAAUAGUGAAGAUUCAGUUACUCAUCAUGCUUACGAUAAUCACAACAAAGCGGUAGAAGGAGGGAGACGACUGAAAGAGACAGAGUUUUGUUCCUUGUUUUGUUACUUCAGCUUUUUUCCAACUUGGAUCAUUCGGUGCCUUGAGGUCAAACAGAUAAACUGGGCGUGUCUAAAGACUGUUGUGUCACAUUCAACGUAGGCAUCACCACAUGCAUUUUUUAAAUCAGCUGUUUUAAUAUUUCAGUCAAAAACUGGUCUUUUGACCACCUCCCUAAGAGUCUAUUCCAGGUUUGCUCCUUGUUUGAAUUUGUAAAUUGUUGUUCAAGCAGAGAUAAAGGUGAUACACACACUGAACAUGCACUGGGAUGUCUAAUGUUUUUAUUUCCUAUCAGUAUUCAUGAGCGUGUUCUUUCAGUUUGAGAGCAGGACCUAUUGAUUUCACGUUCAGGUUUUGAAAUGCUGUCACUCAAAACCCUUCGCUUGCACUCAAAUGGCCCCUACUUUGAGAGAUUUCGUGGCACAUACUUCAUAACAUGUGCCAUCAAAAGAAGCAUGAGCGCUUUACAGUUUAUCUGUAGAAGCGACAAACAAUCUGAGUGCAAUCACACGAUUUGAAAAGAAGCACAUGCAGGAGCUAUUUGACUGCACGUGCACUGCAGGGUUUUGAGCUCAAGCGUUAUAAAAUAUGAAAUCACUAAAUUCUGCUCCCACACGGAAACGACCAGCUCUUGAAUAAAGACGGGGGACAAAAACCCGAUGUUUGAGGUAAUGCUGUUUGAAGCAUCUCGUGUAGAAGGUUUUAGCUGUUUUGUAUAAAACGUCAUGCCUUUUUUGUACAUUUUGUGUUGUCUAAUUUAUUCUUGAGGUUUUUUUUAAUGCUGCAAAGUAAAAAGAACUUGGGCUUGAAUUUUUUUAGUGGGGUUGGGGGUUGAUGUUAUCUGCGGGUGGGUUAUUUUUUUAUGUUUCACUGACCUGAUCUUCAAUAGUUACAAAAGAAAAGUCCUUCUGAUUUUUGCUGAAUUUGCUAGAUUUUGUUCACAUAAAUGCUGUUGAACAGAUGCCAACCCAAAAAUAGUUUAGAGUUUUCCUUUCAAAGUACAAAUGUAUUAGCAUUAGGUCAGUUUUAUAAAUCUUGUAUGGUUUACUGGAUUUACGCUGAAUUGAUCCACAUGGACACUAUUCUUUGAGGGGUUUCUGAUGUACUAUAGUUUGUUUUCACAUGGUAUUUAAUGUGUAAAAGUCUAAACAACAGUGCUCUUUUAUUACUCUUUCCAAAAAAAAAAAAAAAAACAUCUUUAUCUGAUGCUGGAGUUCUUUUUCUGCUGUUCGCCUGAUGUCAUUGUUGAAUGCAAAAAAACAAUGUGACAUGAAUUAAAGGCCUCGGAUAAAACUGCUUCAACAAACACUGUGUGAAAAAAACACAUCUUCAUCAAUGUGACUAUUUCUUUUAUUUUUUUCCCCUUUUUGUACUUAUUGUAUAUGAAUCUCGCUGUUCUACAAAAAUAAAACUUUGUUUUUUGGUUUGAAAUAA